GCCGGCGGAGGCGCCCGACCAGUGCCGAACACACUGUCGGGGGGACUCCACGCGACCACGGUCAGCCCUUUAUUGACCAUUUCCUCACAAAUUAUAAGUGAAACGCAACCACCGACGACGCGGAAACAAAGACAAGUGACGACACAGAGAUGCAGUGAAGACACCGGCUCCCAGGCGCCUACCACAAGGUACGUCGCGGUCAGUAACAAGAGAUGGGCGUAGUAAACAUAGGCGAGCUGUUGACGCAACUGCACUAAUCCUAUUAGCGCUUCAAGAAAAUUAACACUGCCCCACAUCCAGAAAACGUUUUACUUUGUUAUUAUACAAGAUAUACUUACGAAGUGUUCAAAGCAACGAUUCAAUCGAUAGAACAAUUUGGGAGAAACCCAUAUUGAUAUUUUUGAGGAAAGAAGUAUAAAUAAAAUAUAAAAAUGCCUACGACAAUAACAGAAAACAUUGCCCUGCUGGACAUGAUGUCGCUGGACCACAUGGACGACGAGCUGAAGAGCGUGCAGCUGCACUUCCCGUCGGAGCGGCGGCUGCUGAGCGACGGCGCGUGCGCGGAGGAGCGCGUGGCCACGGCGCGCGGCGACCUGCUGGUGGCCGUGCGCGGCGACCGGCGCCGGCCCGCGCUGCUCACCUACCACGACCUCGGCCUCAACUACGCCGCCAACUUCCAGGCCUUCUUCAACUUCACCGACAUGCGGCCCAUCCUGGACAAGUUCUGCAUCUACCACAUCAACGCGCCCGGCCAGGAGGAGGGCGCGCCCCCGCUGCCCGUAGACUACAACUACCCCAGUAUGGACGAGCUCGCCUCGCAGAUCGACUUCGUGCUCGGACACUUCGGGAUCAGAUCGUUCGUCGGAUUCGGGGUCGGGGCCGGCGCGAAUAUCUUAGCUCGAUACGCGCUCGCGAACCCGCAGAAAGUGGACGCCCUCGCGUUGAUCAACUGCACGUCCACGCAGGCGGGCUGGACCGAGUGGCUGUACCAGAAGAUCAACACGCGGCAGCUGCGCGCCAGCGGCAUGACCCAGGGCGCCGUGGACUACCUCAUGUGGCACCACUUCGGCCGCAGCACGGACGAGCGCAACCACGACCUGUCGCAGGUGUACAAGGAGUGCUUCUCGCACGUGAACCCGCACAACCUGUCCUUGUUCAUCGACGCGUACCUGCGCCGCUCGGACCUGGGCAUCUCGCGGGACAACAAGGAGACGCUGAAGGUGCCGGUGCUGAACGUGACGGGCGCGCUGACGCCGCACGUGGAGGACGCGGUGAACUUCAACGGGCGGCUGGACCCGGUGAAGACGUCGUGGCUGAGCCUGUCGGACUGCGGCAUGGUGCUGGAGGAGCAGCCCGGCAAGAUCGCGGAGGCCUUCCGCCUGUUCGUGCAGGGCGAGGGGCUGUUCAGGUAGUCAGCUAGCGCCCCGCCGCCGCGCCGCCUGUAUCGACCGAUUAGAUGAACGCACAUGAUGAUGCUUUCACGCGAGCUUUAACGAACGCAUUUGUUGUAGACACAUUGCAAAUGUAGACAAAUUGUUGUUCCUUGUUUAGAUAUUUAUGGAAAUAAAUUAUUUUUUGGCUUCUAA